CGCCGAACAAUAAAAACGAGCCGCGGGACUCGAAUAAUCGUGUCUCCCUUCCCAAAUUGUCCAUUUUUGUUCACACAUUGAGUGACAAUUGCAGAGAGAAUUCAAUGUACUAUUUAAAACAUCUUAUGACUCAUUCUUCGAUCUCCGCUGAACCUGAUUCCUCUGCCAAAAGGACGCAAUCGCAGUGAAGAUUACUACGAUACACAUAAUGCAAAAAAAACGACAACAUGAAACGAUUCUUGUUGAUAGCAACAAUGUAUUAGCGACGGAAACGUGUAAUCGACGUGCGCAUUCGUGAACGCGUGUAAUUCGGUUGCCGACGAGAAUCUGGAGCGGGUUAUUAUUUUAUUUAUUUUUUAAACAUCGAGCAACAAGUAAUGAUUUCCCCCCACCUUACGAUUCCUUUGAAAAACUAAUUUCUCGAGAAGCGAGCAACGCAGAAAAUGCGUGUCCGUGAAGCUGUCCGUUAGGGACAGCAUCGAACGACAAUAAGUAGAGUGCAUAUUUUGAAUUAUUCAAAUGGAUCGUCGUCGAAAAAAAUAGUAAAAAUAGUCACGAUUCUCGAACACCGCGAACAUCAAAGUUAACGAGCGCCAGCGCGCACGAAGUGCCACGUAUCACAUGCGAGUACAUUGGAGAUCUUGAUAUGUGUAUCUUCAAGGUGAAAAUAAGUUAUAAAAGUGCGGUACGUUGACGGGUUUGGCAAUAGAAAUAAAACGGAAGGCGAACCGUGUGGUAGUUCAAAGUUCCAUCAACGAAACCGAACAUGUCUCGCUGUGUUAUUCCAUUGGUGCUGUUGCUGAUCGCAAUGUUUCAGGCGUACGCGGAAGGAUCCGAGAACGUAACCGCCCCAGUGACGGCGGAAGGUAAUUGUUCUACGAACGAGGUAUACUCGAAUUGCGGAAAUCUGUGCGAAGAAUUCUGCACGACGCCGAACAUAAUAGUUUCUCCAAUGUGUUCUAUUAUUGAGUCGUUCAGUUGGUUUUGUAUACCAGAACUGAUAGGAGGUUGCAGAUGUAAGCCAGGUUUUAUCAGAAACGAUGCGAAUAAUUGCAUUAGUUGUGAAAGUUCGUGAAGCAAUCAAAAUAUAUAUGUAUAUAUACACAUAGAUAUAAUCAUCGUACGUCUAGCGUCUCGGUGGUUCGGUGUUAGUAUGGUACUAUCUACGUUCUAAUAAUCAUUUGUCUACGCAGCUUCGAAGAAUUAAUAAAGCAACUUCGACUGCGCACUAUAUAA